CGACAAGCGGGCUCAAGAAGACUCAGAUAUACGCCUGAGAGUGAGAACCUUGUGUCUCUAUUGGACAUUCCAACUAGACAAUUCCCGAUGGACGUGUCGCAGGAAACCGUGGAAAAAGUCCACCGUUUCGCGGAGAAGCGCCAACGCGCCGAGGAGUUCUACGAGAACCAACAGAUCAGCCCAGCAACUCUGCAGGCGUACAACCGGAAACUGGACGAUACGCUACGAGAGCUCCAAGACCAAGUCAAGCGCCAGGAAGAUGACCUGCGUAAGCUGCGCGAGGUCAAUUCCUUCGAUCUCUCCAAAAUCGGCACGGACACUUGGUUGCGAGUGGCUCAAGUGCGCAGAGCCAAAAGAGCUUACGACUCGCUACUAAAAUCAGAGAACGAGUUUCCGGCCUCGGGAUCGCCUCUACCGUCUCUACUGGCCAUUGAGGAGAUGUCGCGUCUUGUUAAGGACACUAAAGUUUCUGUCUCGAUGACAGCAGAGAAACUUUCAGCCACCCGUCAACGCCUUAAGGCUGAGGAGGCAAAUCUCCGUGAUGCCCAAACGAUCAGAGGUGGGCUGCAAAGGCGCAUAGAGACCACAGGCAGCGAGAAGGCGACCAAGGAGAAGAAGACCGCAUCUCAACUAGCCCGUGAACUAGCCGAGCAGCAACAAGAGAAGCAGGAUGAGCUUGACCGAGCCACUGAGGAGAUGAAGACGACGCUUUACAAGUUUGUCGACGAAUCCCUUGCGUCCAUGCUUGCUGCGGAAGCCCUCGGGGGGCCCACGGUAGGUGACGCCGCAGAGGUGUCUGACGAAACGUUGAAAUUGGGAUACACAAAUCAUGGCAAACCCAAAAAGCCCAAGAAUCCGGAAGCAGCGAAUUCAGAUACCAGCCAGCGCCGAAUCGACGAGAUCGUACCUCGCCAAUCUGGUCAGGGGAACGGCCAGCCCUCCAAUCGCAGAGAGGCUGCAGCUCAGGAGAUGCGCAACCUGCUCGAUGCUUUGCUGGAAGCAGACUCCUCCUAUAUUAAUCUACCUCGGGAAUCUGCCGCAUCAAGGUUCUUGGUCAGAGCCAAAAUUGCUCAAUUCCACCCCCGCGAUGCAAGAAGGCUAAGGUUGAUUGAUUUCGGGCGCUCAUUAGACGAUUGAACAACGGCAGCAUGACACCGUAUAAUACAUAACAUCUAGGGUAUAAUCAGACGAAGAAGAAAACAGGCUGUAUAUAUUCUCACGAAAAGCCAAGGCGCCUAGUACAGUCAUCACACCAAUAUUUGAUCCCCCACAGCGUAACGCCUAUACAUGCCCUAAAGAACCACAAGUGUCACUGCAAUACCGUAAAAUU